CAUGAUGUAUAAGAAUGACGCGGGGCCCAGCAGAGCAACAUUCUCACCUGGCUGACUGCUGACGGAGGAACAGAGCAGAGGAAGACCAGCAGCGAAAUGAUGCGUUACGUGUUCCUGGCGGUCGCGUUGGUGGUGGGCGUUGCGUGGGGGCGCCCGUCCGAGACCCUUCAGCUGUCCACCACGCCGCCCACGGCCACGAUGCCCACGGUGCAGCUCAUCAAGGACCUAGGAAAUCUAACUAUCCACGUGACACAUAAUCCUGAAGGGGACUACGGGCUGGAAGUGUACGACAACGAUCUGGAAAAACUGCUGCCCUCUACGGUGUUCUCACUGCCCGGAGACUGGAAACCCCCCGGCCUGGAGAAGUCCCGCAUCGUGCACUCCGAGUUCCUGGAAAGCGGGGAUGUGGUGGUGGCCUUCUUCAGCCUCGAGAACAGCCUGGACCUCAUCCUGCUGCCCAAGGAACUCUUCGUCUACAAGAAAACCAACUCGGGCGUGAUCGUGUUCCCAAAACUUGAUGUCCCUUGGCACCCAACUGUGUCCACGUCGACCGAGUACUGGGCGUGGCCUAACACCACAGCACCCUACAACACCACUACCACCACCACCACCACCACCACCACCACGGCAUAUACCACCAGGGACUACACUGCCACGCCCAAGGUUGAGUAGAGGUAGCGGGUGACAGCAACACAGCAACUCAAAAUAAGGCUCCGAGUGGAAGCCUAAUGUUGUGUUGCUUCCUAGUGCUUGUUAGUGAUAAUCGGCCAGUCUGUGUUUGUAUUGAUGUUUUAUUUAUGCGUAGUAAUGUAUAUACACAGCACUGAUGAAUUAAAUUAUCUGUUAUAC